AACCACUUCUCAACAUUAACCUCUCGCUGCGUUACUUACUGAACAACCGUCGCCCGAAUCUCCGAAGUGCUGGGAAUGACGGAAGAACAGAAGGCUGUUCCGGGAUGGCAGACUCAGGAAUUGGAGGAUGAGUGGCCGGACAGUAGCCCAGAGGACGAACUAAGCGACGACGACGACGCCCAUAACUUGACCUACGGAACUAGGUCCAUCUCCCUCACAGCGCCACUACCCAGCAGCAUACAGACUAAUGACAUCGAAAACGACAACGACAAUUCUCAGUCCCCUCCUUUCCAUGCUGUUGGCACAUUCCUCGUUCGCGAAGAUGUGCCCAAGGUUCCUAUGCUUCCUAAGACUCCAGGCCGAGGGCGGGCCGGGAUCAUGAAGGACUUUUUCAGUCCACUGCCUCUCGAGCGAAUGUUUGAGCCCCCAACACCACCUAUCGCUUCGACACCAGUGCCACCCGCAACUGUAACAUCCACACCCAGCGAUGAAAUCCUGGAGACAGAUCUGCCGGACAUGGUCGCGUUUCACGGACGGAAGGCCAACAUGGACUGCAAGUUCACGUUUGCCGCGCCCAAAUCCAGCUCUCUUGCCCCCACCCCCGUUCCCCGAUCCAAACUACCUUCACCGCAAGCUCAGAGCACGCCCGUCCCAGCGGUCCCAGCGUCCAACGCGAUCGCGCCAUUAACGGACCCCCGCCUACGGCUGUUCCAGUUCCAGUAUGACACGUUCACGCGCGACCAUCUCUCCGCUCUGGCCGACUCGAUCGCUGUGAACACGCCGUCUGGAACGACGGCUGGAACACGCUCAGAACGACGUCUCUCGCCCGUUUCUGAAGCUAGCUUCUCGGAUUUGCGGAGUACAAAACGAGUGAAGCUCAGCCCAUUCAGUGAUUACGGAGAGGGAGACGGAGCUAGGGCGACGAUCGCUCGCCCAAAGAUUUACGGUAAAGCCUAUGUUGGCGAAUCCCAGUCUCUGAUGGAGAAGAUCAAACAAGCUCGCGAUUUCUCGACCAUAUCCACCGUUGUUUCUGGGCGAGAGUCUAGUCCAGCGAAUGACGGCGAUCAACCACCAGAUCUUUUGAAUGUUCCGGCAUUAUCUGAGGACCAGACGUCGACAUACAAGUCCACAUCGAGUGCACCCUAUUCAUCUUCUACGUAUCGACAGCAGGCAGCGGCUCUGAUGGCACAGAUCAAAAGUGACGUGAAGGGCACGAAACGAGUGUUUUCAGGGGAUAGUGCAACAUCCGUAUGGACACCUGCACCAGUUGACAAGGAGAAUCUACGAGAAAGUACGCGUCAUCGAAAGGUGCAUUCUAACACUUCUCCGAGGCGCAGUCCCCGGAAGGCGCGAAUAUCAGGGCCCCCGCUGGACGAAGUGACCAGCGAGUUCUCGCGACUGGACAUUGCCAAGAACCAUCCUACCUCUGCAUUCGUGCCACCCCACGGUGUGAACAUCAUCGCGAAUCCCGCAUUACUCAUCCCUGCUCGCCCGAGCACAACCACGAACGACGAUCUCAAGCGAUAUGUGUCGUCCAGUACAGCGUCGGGAACGACAUUGACUACAGCCAGCGUUCCCUCUUACGUCAAGCAUCCAGGGCCAGCGCAUCUGCGAACCAUUGCCCCACAAGACGUGCCCGUUCUCCCUGAUCGGAUGGGUGACAUGUUGUUCGACAAGGUGAUGAUGAGAUGGGUCAAGAACGUGCAAGCUGAAGUGGGCGGUGAGAUAGACCAAGUCAGUGAAGACCCAUUCGGGGACAUUGAGAGUCUCAGGGACGACUCGCUUCUCGCUCGAGUUGAAGAGGAGCCCACAGACGACGAGGAGAUGGCUCUCACAAGUUUCUCGACGGACGCUUCGGGCCGAAUUGUCUCUGUCAUGACUGGUGUCGAGACGGAGGAGUUCGAGGAGACCACUGAUUCUGAGGCGGAGAAUGAUGCGGUGAUCACCGGGUCGGGCUCGUUGGAACAUGUGGUCCCUCCAGACCUGGACGACACAGACUCGGAAUUGGAGGCGGACAACGACACGGUGCUGGCACCACAUCACGUUCCUGUGGACGAAUCGCUGACUGAGGCUUUCGCGCCGCCGCCUAUUGUUGUGACGACUUUCGAAACACCGAUUCCGCCCAGGGUCUUGCCACCCGUAUCGGCAUUGAAGAAGACGCCAGCGACAGCAACACCUUCGUCCGCUAUGAAGGAUGCAGCGCGAUCCAAGUUCCGCACCCCGAAGCGAACCCACCGCCGGUCAGUCAGCUUCUCGGAUGGAAAGCGGGAAGGGCCUAUCGUGGGGUUGAGCAGUGCCGAGCCUCAACCCUCGGCAAGGUCCAAGCGGAUCGCAGAGAUGUUGGCAGCGAGAAGUGACUCUUCGGAACUGGAAUCGGACGCACCGACACACGAGCCGGCUUCUCCCUCGCUGGCCGGUUCCACUUCUUCCCGACGCGUCUUUUCGCGGUCACAUGUGACGCGGGACAAUGGAACCUUCCUGACUGAGUGCUCGUUCGGAGUUGCGCACGACCAGCUGGUCCAGGUCUUGACCGAUGUGGAGCCGUUCGAGCCUCAUUGGGAGACCCUGGCGACGGUCGAGCUAUCUGGCAAGAGGCUUGAAAGCGUUGCUCGAUUGAAGGAGUUCUUGCCCGCUCUGGAUGCACUCAAUCUGAACUCAAAUCAACUGGCCUGGCUCAGCGGUGUGCCAAGUGCGGUGCGGACACUUUCUGUCGCGUCAAACAGAUUGACAGGUUUGACAUCGUACAGCCACCUGCUCAACUUGGAGAAUCUGGACAUCAGCAGAAACGAGGUCGACUCGCUGAGACAACUUUCGUGUUUGCGACAUCUCAGAGAGCUCCGGGCCGACGGAAAUACCAUCUCGGACGUCGAUGGACUGCAGAAUCUGGAUGGGUUGGUCAAGUUGUCUUUGGCGGGGAAUCGCAUCGCCGGCGAGCUCAACUUUUCGCGCAUAAAUUGGACGCGGCUGGAGGUGCUCGACUUGUCGGACAACCAGAUCACGACGUUGGGAGCCUUGCAUGCGUUGUCGUCACUGGUCGUCCUCAAUGUCGACGACAACCGGCUCAAAGGGGAGCUCGAUGCCGGGGGGCUGAUGACUCGAGUGCGAGUUGUCCGAGCAAGCGGAAAUAAGCUGGAGGGGCUGAAGGUCAAUAGAUGGCCUGGAGUGCGGACCCUUUAUAUCGAUGGAAAUGCUCUCGACGGACUGGACAGUGGCAUUGCAUCGCAGACCGGAACUGUGGGCCGGGCUGCUGGCAAGGCUGUUGAAACUGGCGGCUUGAACCAUUUGGAAAACCUCAGUCUCCGGAACCAGAGCAAAACAGGGGCCUUAAAAUUAAAUCUCGGAGUGUUUCGGGAUGCUAAACGGUUAUAUCUGAGCGGGAACGUCCUGUCGUCCCACUUUUUCAGCUGCGCCUGCUACAAUCUUGUCUAUCUUGAAUUGGCCAACUGCCGGCUGCGGUCACUGCCCACGGGAAUCGCCAGUCUUGUUCCCAAUGUCCGGGCCCUGAAUCUGAACUACAACUUCCUGGAGGAUGUCCGCGGUUUAGAAGGACUUUCGCGGCUGAGGAAAUUGAGUGUCGUCGGCGCACGACUGAAGAGUACUAAGGAGAUCCUCCGAAGCAUCCAGGGGAUGUCUGAGAUCGAGGCUCUAGACUUCCGGAUGAAUCCGUGCACGUUAGGCUGGUAUCUUCCUCUCAUCGUCAAGUCGGAAAUGAGUGCAGCAGAGUGGGCAGAAAUGGACGGACGUUUUCGGCGAGGGCUGCCUGAUGGGAUCUAUGUCGGCCGUUUGGCAUAUCGAGGCCUGAUUAUGCGAACCUGCCCCGGUAUCCGUGUGCUAGACGGGGUGGCUGUGACGUCGCGCGAAAGGUCCAAGACGGAGGGCGUGCUCAAGUUGAUGGGACGGUAGUCUUGAUUUGAACCAGCGGGAAACGAACCAGCUCGCAGCGAGCCGAUCCAAUAUAACCCAAUUCGGAAUGGCCCGUUCCAUCGGUGAUUAGAUCUCGUUAGAUUUCUCAAGUUUUUGAUAAAUGUGAUUCCGCUGCUCUCCGUUGCACCCUCCGCUCCUCACCCAUGUUAGACGCGCCUCUGCCCGCCGCCACCGAGCUCAACUCGUACAACGUAGCACAACUCCAGUACGCGCUAGCGGCUGACAAGGACAUCUCUUACUUGGCACCAGAUCCCGACGCUGCACUCAUCGUCCCCGACUACGACACCCGUCGCAUGUCCACUUCUGCUGCUUCUGCAGACACCGAGUCGAGCUCUCUGUCCCUUUCAGAGAAGCCCACCCAGUCCCCGCCAUCGCGGAGUCAGCACUGGGAUGUCGACGGGGCUGAGGGCGAGCACGAGCAAUCGAAAGUCUCCCUCCCGUCGAUUUUUACGACAUUCGAAGACUCAUACCGCCCUGAACGACGCGCAUCGCUCCCGACGCUCAGCUCGAAUGUGCGCCACCAGCCAUACCCUGCGUCCCAGCUGCGACAGCCAGUCUACGCCCCGUCGUCCCUGUCGUCUUACACGUUCCCCCCAAACAAUUCUGAGUCCGGGCAAGAGCGGGGACUGGUGCGUCCGUCCGUGUCAACGGAUCUACGAUUCGACUAUGACAACGGCUAUCCCUCUGGGACGACGCCUGGGGCGUCGGCGGCCUCCUCUACGACUUCGUAUUCGGCGCAUUUGUCGCCCUACAACGAGAGCGACCACUGGACCACAUCCCCAUCUGGGAUUGUCCGGCCGAGCUCAACCCCGGGUCAAAUGUCUCAAAGUCCGGCCGUCAAAUAUGAGGACGGGUUACGCCAUUCUUCAUUUAGCGGUCAGAUGUUCGCACACUCGGCUCGUAUUUCGGGCCAUCAUCUUGCAGAUCGCAGGUCGCUGUCGUCGGGUAUAAAAGGUGAAUGGUUCCCCCAGCCAGAAUACCCUCUCUCUGGCUAUCCCUCCAUGCCACCGGCCCCGACGCUCAACUCCGGUUCCCGAUCCCCACAGGGCGGCCCUGCUUCCGUCGACCGCCCCACUCGCAAGCGUGGUAAACUUCCCAAGGAGACCACCGACUUCUUGAAGUCUUGGCUUCAUCGUCAUUCCGACCAUCCGUACCCGUCCGAGGAGGAGAAAAAGCAGCUGUGCCAUGCCACGGGCCUCAGCAUGUCCCAAGUGUCGAAUUGGAUGAUCAACGCUCGUCGACGUAUCCUUGCGCCCGCUCAUCGCGCUGCGGCUAGCCCAACUACCACCGCACCAUAUCCAUCUCCCGCCGGUCGCAGUGCAUCGCUCAACGGACUCAUGGACGCGCGCCGCGCCUCGCUCCCCAGCGCAGAUAGUCUCCAGCUCUACCAUCCGAUGACCCUGCAGUCCCUUCCUUCUGCCCAUCCGCAUCAUCCCCACCACCCACAUCACGGCCCACCACAUUCGGCCUAUCCGCACGGGCACGAUAUGGGGUACCGUGGGCCGCCGCUACGCAUGGGACCGGGCGUCGGGCUAGACUAUGGCCCUAGACCCCCGAUGUAUGCGGGCGGCCCUGGGACUGGCAAUGCGUACGGGGUCCCGCUCAGCGCCCCAGCGAGCAUGGCUGGGCCAGGGAACCCAUUCUCGCCGCCGCCAGGGUAUCACCUGCCCAGCCCAAGGGAGGAAGGUCGUGGUGGUGGUGGUGGUGGUGCUUACUUUGAUGGGCCGCCGCCGCCAGCGGGACCGGGGGGGAGCCCCAAUCCGGGGCACAGUCCUGGGGCCAACGGACAUGACUCGGCGCCGGGCAGUGGAUAUGGGACCCCGCAAUAAGCGGUUCUCUCUGUGUGGUGAUGAUCACCACUGCUGAUCGGGCAAGUUCGUCGAGACCCCUUGCUCGAUUCCUUACCCGGUCACUUUGUUCGUCCUGCGGGAAGCAUCGUCGGUCUCGGGUGCACUUGCGUCGAAGAAACUGGCGUGCCCACCAAAAUCUGUCGUGCGCUGUUAUGGACGCUACAUAGUGGUCUCGUGUCCUGCGCAUUAUUUAUUCCCGCAUCUUUGUCGCUGCUGCCUGUUUUGCCUGAAUGUACCUGCUCGUGUGUAACAUGAUACCCUCUGCUUGCUAGAUCUCUUGCAUCGCUCUGAAUCAAUUGUACUUGAUAUCGAUAUCCCCACUAAUAAUUAUUCUGUAUUUCACUAUUAUUUUACGAUAGCGCCAAGGGUCGUCCGAUUCCGCCGCCGGUGAGCAGCAGCCCCUGGCGAAAGAAAGUGGCUGGGCUGGAUCCGUCGCCGGGCCUGGGACCCCGAAGCAGAGGAUUCGAACACUAUGAUACUCAUUUCUGCACAUGCAAGCAUUGAUCAAUCUUGAUAUGAUUGGGCCCUGUUCCUCGAGUGCGGCGACUGACUGAAUGCAGAUGACUGCCCAGCCCUCCGCGGCGGUCCUAACCCCAGCGAGCCGCCGGUUCGCCAAUGGGCCCUUCCCACGCCGAAUGGCCGCCGGCAGUAUCUUAUGUCACCCCCUCCUGAAUUAAGGUCUGCGCGUCCGAAAUUUGCGCGCGCCCACUCUCGCCGGCAACGCUUACAGCACGAAAGCUUGUUUCCCAGCGCGGAAGCAGACAGAAAAGGACAUAUUGUCAUGCACCGCGGACCCGCACCAGGCUUCACUCGCUUCUCCUCAGAAAGCUGCACGGUUACGGCGUCAUGUAUGUAUCCAGCGGAACCGCUCGUCGAAUAAGCACCGGCAGCUGGUUAUUCAGCCCCGGCUCUGAUUUGACAAACGGGCGAGUGACGACGCUAGGGUUGCAGGUCAGGGCACCGGACAGAUUAACAAGGCAAGUUAUCGGCCUCACUUGAUUUUCUUCUCGAUCACUAACGACGGCACUGCACGGAACUCAAUGUCCUUGACCAGAGCGUAAAGAAAUAUCUUCAUCCUUUGACAGUCAAAGCCUUAUCAAAGAGCACGAGGGGGACAAAAACACGGACUCGAGCAAAGCGAAUUUGUAGCCAAUACAAGCCCGGUUCCCGUCCACGGGAUUGCCGUUGAGGAAAGUCAGAAUGCUGGAGUACAACCCCGGAAUCGCCUUUGCCUUUCCAGGAACCUGCGCCCAGCGUUCGGGUCUUUCCAGUGGCGUCGUCGCCCCAGAGGUUCUUGCUUUUGUUAAUGGCUUGAAUGGGAAUUGUGAUAAUAUCCAUCUUCUUGAGGCGGAUGCCUGCUGGUCGGUUCCCUGCACAGAAGCCGACCUCGUCGGUGUCACUGACAGGAACAACAUCCUCGUCCCGCAUACAGACUCGCAUUGUACUUGUUAUCGGGGCAUGCAAUCUUAGCGCCUCACGAAUGAACCAAUCCAGAUACUGGCAUUUGGCCAGCUGCUCGGUCAACAAUGGCUCUGCAUCUGUAUCCGACAGCCCGGGAUUCGUCUGUCGCAGCCGUUUCUCCACGCUUCCCAGUUCUUCCCGCAAUUUGAGUUGGAUAUCGGGGUUCUGGAUCAGUGCAUAAAGGCACCAUGUCAGGGCAGAAGCCGUCGUCUCGUGACCCGCUGCGAUGAAAGUGGAGAUUUGGCAAAGCACCUCCUCCGCUGACAUGCUCUCGGACGAUGCUGACGCUCCGGCAUUCGACCGCACUAUUUCUAUAAUCAGCAUCACUUUCGGAAUGGCGAGAAAGCGGACGACCAAGGAUACU